AUGGACAACUUUGGCCGAUCCAUGCGUCUCGACAGCAACGUGACCACGCAGCGGCUGGCCGAGGUAGGGUUCGUUGACAUCAAAGAGGAGGUCAUCCGGAUUCCUUUCAACCCAUGGCCGACAGACACAUAUUCUCGGGACAUUGGCCGUUGGUUUAACUUGGUUAUGAAGCAGGGAUUCCAACCUCUGUGUCUGGCGCCCUUUGCGAGAGGACUCAACAAGUCGUUUUCCGAGAUUAACGACUUUGUGGAAGAGGUCAAGGCGGAGGCAUAUCUUCACGGCGAGAAGACCACAGUGAGUCUCGCUCGUUUGCUUGUUUCUACCACCCUCAAACCACUCGGGUACAACAAGAGCACCCCUGUGGGAUAACCCACCCGCUUACCUCGGCCUUGCUGCACCUUCGGUCGUACCCACAUUCAACCCGACGGGAGCGCCAGGGCCGGAGUAAUGCGAUAAAUGAACCACGUUCUCCCCUCCCAGUUGACUAUUCAAUGACGUGUGGCAUUCUAAAACAUUACAGGGGGGACAACCCAGCUUCCUCUUCCCAGACCUCCAGGUCGCGAGCCCGCCAGCACUAAGGUACAUGUUGGCCCACCCAUCUUACACCCGCCAGCAACCAGCAUUUUCACUCGGAAGCAGCUCUCUAAGUCGCCGAUUCCGUAUGCACGUCGACCCCACGGGGUGUCACAUUUACGCACCACCAUCCAUAUUACGACACACUACCGUGUAUAUAUAUCUAUACAUGAUCUGGCCUUUUGCGGCCAACUCUUUCAGCUCUUUUCCUCGCCGACUUGACGAGCAGCAGUGCUUUUGGGAACCUUAUGCGAUUUCGAGGUGAAAAUGGCCAGCACGUUUCGUUCUUCUCCAACCCUGCCCAGUCGCACGUUAUGGGGCUCUACUCGCUUAUCUACUGAGCUUGACAUUGAUGGGAGUUGCCGAAUGGGUGGCUCGAAGGCCCACCAUUGGUUCAGAUUUGUCGAGGUUCUUCGAUCGGCCUCACAAGCGCUUUGUCUUUUCACUGUUCAGCGUUGCUUUCAGCCAAAGGCGUUUAGGGAGUUAUAGGGGAUAGGAAGGCAUAAUGGAGGGCUCGAAGAUGGAACAACAGGGGGGGUGUGGUACGUGGCAGGUCGGCAUGUGUGGAACAUCCCAUGUCUAUUGGUUGGCUACAGAAUGGAUGUUUGCCAUGUAUCAUCGAAGGUCUGUUCGCUUUUCGUCACCCUUGGGGCAGCAGCGCGAUUGGGUGUCGCGUAUAUCCAGGUUACACAACAGA